GUGACUGUGAGUGUGCCUGUCUGAUGGAGGGGGCGGAAGCUGUUUGGUCACGUGAGUAAGUUGGAAGAUGGCUGCGCCGGUAGAUGAUGAGUUCGAAGAUGCGCCUGACGUGGAGCCUUUAGAGCCGACUCUGAGUAACGUGAUAGAUCAGCGCUCCCUCAGGUGGAUCUUCGUGGGAGGAAAGGGAGGAGUGGGCAAGACGACCUGUAGUUGCAGUUUGGCAGUGCAGCUUUCGCUGGUACGGGACAGCGUUCUCAUCAUCUCCACAGACCCUGCUCACAAUAUCUCCGAUGCCUUCGACCAGAAGUUCUCCAAGGUCCCUACAAAAGUCCGUGGCUAUGACAACCUUUUUGCUAUGGAAAUUGACCCCAGUCUGGGGGUGGCGGAGCUCCCUGAUGAAAUAUUCGAGGAGGACAACAUGCUGAGUAUGGGAAAGAAGAUGAUGCAGGAAGCAAUGAGCGCUUUCCCAGGGAUUGAUGAAGCCAUGAGUUAUGCUGAAGUGAUGAGGCUGGUGAAAGGGAUGAAUUUCUCUGUGGUUGUCUUUGACACGGCUCCCACGGGACACACCUUGCGUCUGCUCAACUUCCCAACCAUCGUAGAGCGAGGCCUGGGGCGGCUCAUGCAGAUCAAGAACCAGAUCAGCCCUUUUAUAUCACAGAUGUGCAACAUGCUCGGACUUGGUGAUAUGAACGCGGAUCAGUUGGCUUCCAAGUUAGAAGAGACUCUUCCAGUUAUCCGGUCUGUCAGCGAGCAGUUCAAGGAUCCGGAGCAGACCACGUUCAUCUGCGUGUGUAUCGCUGAGUUCUUAUCACUGUACGAGACAGAGCGUUUGAUCCAGGAGCUGGCCAAGUGCAGCAUAGACACUCACAAUAUCAUAGUGAAUCAGCUGGUGUUUCCUGACCCAGAGAAGCCGUGCAGAAUGUGUGAGGCCAGACACAAGAUCCAGUCGAAGUACCUCGACCAGAUGGAGGAUCUCUAUGAAGAUUUCCACAUUGCGAAGCUUCCUCUUCUUCCUCAUGAAGUUCGAGGGGUAGAAAACGUAAACACCUUCUCUAAGCUCCUGUUGGAACCCUACAAACCCCCCAGUGGGAAGUAAGAAUGGAGUCCGGGACAGGGGGAAUAACCUUCCAGAAAAGCUACAGCAGUUUGAAGAGAAGAGUCGGUCGGGCUACAAACCACUACUCACAGAUGAGGGGGGCUCUCUGACCAGCACCCCAACCAUAUAACUCCUAAUUGUCUAUUUAUUAUAACUGGAUUUAGGGGACCCGACAUUUUUAAGCCUCUCCCUCUCUUUUGUUCUAUUUCUGUUGUCUCAGUUUAAAGCUGAUUUUCCUUGGCAGUCUCUCUUUGUGCCUGGCAGUCUCUUGGGGUCUCCAGCCUUUGCUGAACUAAUCCCUUAACUCCCGGCAUCCCCAGCGGCAGCUCGGAGUUGUUAGUUCAGCAGUGUAUGGAGUGUUAGAGACCCUCUGUUUCUGGCAGUCUUUGUCCUGCAUCUUCUAACCCCCCACCAUAUCUGUAUUGUCUAAACUCCCCCAAUAGUCGCUGUAUGUGUAAGAUCUGAGCAUGACUGCCCCAAAUGUAUUUCAUUUGCACCUACAGGACGCAGGGGUGCAGAGCAGUUAUUAAAUUAAAUUAAACUGUUUCUAAAACACUUGA